GCCUGCCCGGGCGCCGCCGGCGGCGCGGCCAUGAAGCUGAAGCUGAAGAACGUGUUUCUCGCUUACUUCCUGGUGUCGAUCGCCGGCCUCCUCUACGCGCUGGUGCAGCUCGGUCAGCCAUGUGACUGCCUCCCUCCCCUGCGGGCCGCUGCAGAGCAGCUUCGGCAGAAGGAUCUGAAGAUUUCCCGGCUGCAAGCCGAUCUUCGACGCCCACCUCCUGCCCCUGCCCAGCCCCCUGAACCCGAGGCCCUGCCGACCAUCUAUGUUGUCACCCCCACGUACGCAAGGCUGGUGCAGAAGGCGGAGCUGGUACGCCUGUCCCAGACACUGAGCCUGGUACCCCGGCUGCAUUGGCUGCUGGUGGAGGACGCUGAGGGCCCCACCCCGCUGGUCUCAGGGCUGCUGGCUGCCUCCGGCCUCCUCUUCACACACCUGACAGUCCUCACCCCCAAGGCCCAGCGGCUUCGGGAGGGUGAGCCAGGCUGGGUUCGGCCCCGUGGUGUAGAGCAGCGGAACAAGGCCCUGGACUGGCUGCGGGGUGGCGGAGGUGCUGUAGGUGGGGAGAAGAACCCGCCCCCACCAGGGACCCGAGGAGUCGUGUACUUUGCUGACGAUGACAAUACCUACAGCCGGGAGCUCUUCGAGGAGAUGCGCUGGACCCAUGGUGUCUCAGUGUGGCCCGUGGGGCUGGUGGGUGGCCUGCGAUUUGAGGGCCCACGGGUACAGGAUGGCCGGGUUGUGGGCUUCCACACGGCGUGGGAGCCCAACAGGCCCUUCCCCAUGGAUAUGGCGGGAUUCGCUGUCGCCCUCCCCUUGCUGUUGGCUAAGCCCAAUGCCCAGUUUGAUGGUACUGCUCCCCGGGGCCACCUGGAGAGUAGUCUCCUGAGCCACCUUGUGGAUCCCAAGGACCUGGAGCCACGGGCUGCCAACUGCACUCGGGUGCUGGUGUGGCACACGCGGACGGAGAAGCCCAAGAUGAAGCAGGAGGAGCAGCUGCAGCGCCAGAGCCGGGGCUCAGACCCAGCCAUCGAGGUGUGA